AUGAACUCUGGUAUGAUGCAAAACUUUCUGAAGGGAAAGACCAUUUUAGUGACUGGCACAACAGGUUUCUUAGCAAAAGUUUUUGUUGAAAAGAUACUACGGAUUCAACCAGAGAUACAGAAACUUUAUCUUCUCGUAAGAGCUUCAAAUACCGACAUGGCCUCUAAUCGUUUGAAAAAUGAGGUAUUUCGGACAGAUUUAUUUCGAGUGCUAAGAGAAAAGUUGGGCGGAGAUUUUAAGUCUUUCAUAUCAAAGAAGGUUGUGGCAGUUGCAGGAGAUGUUGCUAUUGAAAAUUUUGGAAUAAAAGAUGAAAAGCUUAAAAAUGUGAUGUUUCAAGAGAUAGACAUUAUUGUCAAUUCUGCUGCAACAACUAAUUUUGACGAAAGAUUUGACACUUCCAUGGGUGUUAAUACAAUGGGUGCUUUACAUGUCUUAAACUUUGCAAAAAAGUGCCACAAAAUAAAGCUUCUUGUCCACAUAUCAACAGCUUAUGUGUGCGGAGAGGCUAAGGAAGGAGAAUCUGUUUUUGAAGAGAAAGCAUUUGAGAUGGGUCAAUCUCUAAAAGGGACUUCAAAACUAGACAUACAGACAGAAAUAAAUUUGUUGGAGAAAAAACUACAAGAAUUCAGGGCAAUGAAUGUGGAUGAAAACACAAUCAAAUAUGCAUUGAAAGAUUUUGGGAUUGAAAGAGCAAAUUUGCAUGGAUGGCCAAAUACAUAUGUAUUCACAAAAGCAAUGGGAGAAAUGCUUUUAGUGCAUCAUAAAGAUAAUGUACCAUUGGUCAUUAUACGCCCAACAAUGGUAACUAGUACGAUCGAGGACCCAUUUCCUGGUUGGAUCCAAGGUCAAAGAACUGUUGAUAGUAUGAUAUGUGCCUUUGGCAAAGGGAAACUGCCAUGUUUUCUUGGUCAUCCCAAGACAGUUUUAGAUAUAAUGCCUGUAGAUUUGGUCAUCAAUUGUGUGAUUGCAGCCAUUGUUAUCAACUCAAAUCAAGCUCCAAAAAACUUCAUCUACAAUGUUUCUUCUUCGUUAAGAAACCCUCUUAAAAUUUCUGAUGUUCACAACAUUUGCCAUCAAUAUUUCAUGAAAACCCCUUGCAUCAACAAAAAUGGAAAGCUAAUAGUCAUCUCCAAGGGAAUUGCCUUGAAAAGUUUGGCUGCUUUCAACAUUUAUACAGAGAUCCAAUAUGUCCUCCCACUUAAGGUCUUAAAUUUGGUGAACAAAAUGAUUUGCCAUUCCUAUCAGGAUGUUUAUGAUGACAACUUCAAGAAAAUAAGAAUGGUGAAACGACUUGCAAAACUAUACAAACCUUGCGUGUUUUUUAAGGCAGUCUUUGAUGAUGCCAACACAGAAAAUUUACGAAGGGAAACAAAGGGAUAUAACAUGAAGGAUGAGAAACUAGAGUUUGAUCCUAGUAGCAUUAAUUGGAAAGAUUACAUGAUGAAGACACACAUUCCUGGACUUGUCAAGUAUGCAAUGAAAUAA